UUGUUCCGUCAGUUCAACGACUCGGCUCGACUCGUAACAACACGCAAGACAAGCGGCAAACAGCAGCAAGAUGGCAAAACUACUACGUCUGGCAGCUCUGGCAGUGGUGCUGGCGGCCCUGGUCGCAGCUAAACCGUCCCGACCGAAGAUCGUCGGGGGUGAGGAAGCGAUCGCGCACGAGUUCCCCUACCAGAUCUCGCUGCAGUGGAACUACAACAACGACGAGCAGGAUCCAUUCCACUUCUGUGGCGGUUCGCUGAUCGCUGAAAAGUUCGUGCUGACUGCUGGCCACUGCGUACCGAGUGCGAUUUCGCCCGAUGGCUUCCCGGAGGCCGUUGCCGGCGAGCACGACUUCAGCCAGUACGAUGCAGGAGUACAGCGUCGUCGCAUCGCCGAGAUGUACGUGCACGAGGACUACGAGGGUAGCGUUGGGCCCAACGAUAUUGCCAUUUUCCGUGUCGACAAGCCGUUCCAUCUGAAUCGCAACAUCCAGCUGGUCUCGCUGCCGGAACCGAACGCUAUCCCAACGGGCGAAACCACCAUCAGCGGAUGGGGAUCGACAUCCUUCUCCUUUGAGCCCUCCUAUCCGAACAUCCUCAUGAAAACUACCCUCCCGAUCAUGGAUUUGGAAGUGUGCCGUAAGAUCUACUUCACGGAGACUGUUGCGGACAGCAACAUCUGUGCCGGUACCAUGGAAGGCACCUCGAGCGUCUGCUCGGGAGACUCCGGCGGCCCGCUGGUCCAGAUCGACGACGAGAUCGUGCAGGUUGGCAUCGUGUCCUGGGGAGGUAUUCCGUGCGGCGGUUACAAAAACCCGGGUGUUUUCGUUCGUGUUUCGUACUUUAUUGACUGGAUCAAUGACAAAAUCAACAAUUGAAUUACAAUGGGCGCGUGAUCGAUGAACAAUGUCCUACGCAAAUAAAGGCUUCAAAUGAAGUGCUACCCUA